AGCAGUGGAAUCAACGCAGAGUCCAAGUUGCCACUAACCAACCAUGUGCCAGCCUGUUAAUUGCUUUUUUUGACCAAUAAGAAUGAUGGAAAUGGCUAACAGCAGCAAUAAUCUAAUAAAUAUACAGCAGCCAAUUGUGGACCCUCACUGCGCCAUUGCUCUGGCCUCUGUGCAUACUGUAUAACAUUUUAUCAUAUUAUUCAUUAUAUAAUAUAUUAAUUUCAAUGCAUUCAGUUUAAUAGGAAACGUUAUGUCAAACCACACCGAAACGUUGCUGCUGCUGAAUAAACAUUCAAAAAGAAAAUUAUCUUUAGACAGAAAAGCGUAAAAAGAAAUUAGCAUUGGUGACAUUUGCUAUUAUAUAUUUAGCGAUUGCAGCUUCAUCUUCAGUGAUAGCACCCUUUCAUCCUACCGAGGUACGACCUGCUUGAAAGUUCAAAUUUAAAAUGCAAUUUCUUGGAUAAUUUAAUCGUGGACAAAUCGAGAGCUGUUGUCGAAUUUGACCGGAUCGGAUUUAAACUCGCUCUCAAACAUUCUUGGCAUAUCUAGGCCCCCGGGCACUUAUAUGAUGAACGUUGCAUAUUUGUCGACUUUUAACACAUAUCCCUGUCUCAAAUAUUAUAAUCGUUAUGGUUUUAUUCUACUGUCAUAAAACAGGAAACACGUGUGACCAACGUCACCAAAUCAAGGUACAUCUAAUUAUUAAAAUUUUCCGGGGGAGCAUUCUUCUAAUCUUGUCGGUUACGAUCAUUGUUUACGCUUUGACGUUUGGCCUUACAAUUCGCCUUUUUGGCGUUCUUACCCCCGUCCAUAGGCUCGUAAGACACGAAAUAAUUUAUUGUCUUUAUAUAAAUGAACCAAAUACAAACUUUUCUGUAAUAUUCAUAAUUACUAAAUAUCGACAAAGUCGCCCUAAAAAUCAUUAACGUUCGAAACAAUUUCUUUGACCGAUCAUCGACAGGCACAAAUUAUGUUUAUCGACAACACCGAAACGUCUCCGUUGUUGAAUGAACAUCCAGAAAGGCAAUUAUCUUCAAACAGCGAAAAGCGUAGAAAGAAGUUCAUAUUAGUGACAUUUGCUAUUAUUUACGUAACGGUGUCAGCUUCAUACUCUGUGAUUGCACCAUUUUAUCCGACGGAGGCAAAAACUAAAGGUGCCGACAGCUUUUUUAUUGGUCUGAUCUUUGGAAUGUUUGCUUUAACAAAUGUCAUUAUCUCACCAAUUGUUGGCGCAUAUCUUCCCACCAUUGGUGUUCGAUUCUUUUUAUUUAAUGGUCUUUUGGUAAUUGGGGUUUCUGAAUUCCUAUUUGGAUUCCUAAACAAGAUGCCUUAUGGAACUAUUUUCAUAGUUUUUUCCUUUGUCAUUCGAAUCUUUGAUGGUGUCGGGGGUGCCAUGGCAAUGACUGCAUUAAUGGCUUUUUUGGCAAUGUGUUUUCCUGACAAUGUUGGGAGUGUAAUGGGUAGUUUGGAGUUAUUUUCAGGCAUUGGUCUAACUAUUGGACCUUUACUUGGUGGUUUUUUGUAUGAGUUUGGAGGGUUUGGAUUACCUUUCUUUGUUCUUGCUGGAUUACUUCUUGUCUCUUUACCUAUUGUAGUUUGUACGUUGCCUCAUGUUAGUGAAGAGUCAUCUUCAAAAGAUGAAGACAUUGAGACUAAACCAUCUCUUUGGAAAUUUUUAAAAAUUAUAGCUUUUGAUGUUAUAUUAUUAUCGAUAGUAUUUGGUGGAAUGGCUAUUGGUGUGGUUGAACCUACCCUUGCACCGCAUAUGAAGGCUAAGUUCAAAAUUCACAGUAGUACAAAGACUGGUCUGUUGUUUUUUACAUUAUGUGGAUGUUAUGCACUUUUCGCUCCCCUGUUUGGAUGGAUUGCUGACAAGACAAAUGCUAGAGUAGUGAUGACUCUGGGUAGUUUGGUUGCUGGAAUCAGUUUCUUGUUGUUGGGACCUGUUCCUUUUUCUUUUAUGCCAAAUAAGGUUUGGUUGGUCUGUGUCUCCUUGGGUUUGUUGGGAUUAUCUAUUGGUCCAAUGCUGGUGCCUGCCAUGGCUGAGAUGGAAAAUAUUGUCAAAGCUGAAGGUUUUCCAAUCGAUUUAGCUACACAUGGCGUUGUAUCUGGUGUAUUUGGUGCAGCAUUUAACAUUGGUUCAUUUAUUGGUCCUACAUUCAGUGGAGUCUUCAAUCAGUAUUUUUCAUUUCAUUGGCUUUGCACGGGUUUUGGCUGUCUGCUAUUCUUACAGAGCAUUCUUCUGUUGAUGUUGACAUUAUCAGGACGUUCUACUUUACCUAAAACAAUCCAAGAAGACAAUGUAGGAAAUCCUAAAGUUGUUGUGGCCAUCCAAACUUAAACCAUUGAGAGUAGGUCUGAAAUGUUAAAAAACAUUAGUCUCAUAAUGAUGAUAGUUAGGUGAAAGUAAUGUUUACUUGAUUAUGUCUUAUGUUUUAAGCCAGUUAUUUAAAGACUUCACCUCAGAGUGAAAUGGAGUACUCAUGUUAUGCUACUGAAAACUUAGAGGAUUUAUCCUCUCUACUUCUAUAAUGUAUUAAAAUAAUGUAAGCCAUUUCCAUAUUUUGCAAUGGUUGAGUUUCUA